CUUGACGAAAUGUAUUUCAAAUUAUCUUAAUUGUGUAAUCGGGAGAGUCCAGUACUGAGUAAUCCAUCAUUAUGUUGAUAAAGAAUAUUGUGACAAACAACUGGUUUUCAUGUACGAUAAAAUUGUAACGUACGUGCGCGAAUACAAAGAAUAAAGAGUGAAAAGAUUAGAACACUUUGUCGUGGAUUAAUUGAGUGCGUCUUUCAGUCGAUUUGUGUUCCUAGUACGAUGGAGCAGACGAAGGAACAAUACAAAUACUGUUUGCAGAUUGCGAGGACUGUGGGAGGAGCUGUAACGAAAAAUCGAUGACCUGUGCACGAAGGACUCCCACGACAUUUCACCCAACAUCUCUCUCGAGACACCGAUCGAAAUUUGACGGGUAAAUCAUGUCGUCGUCCCAGAGGUCCAGACGACCCAGUGUAUCGAUCUACGAUUAUCCGGAGCACUUAAAUCCAUUUAACGAUGAUACGACGAAUUCUCAGUCGCAAAUGCAUCACGAGGGUAAAUCAUCGAAGGAAUCCAAGCACAAAUUCUGGACGUUCGGCAGAAGCCGGAAGAAGAGGUCGAACAGCUUCUCGAUCAAGUCUUGGAGUGGAUUGUUUGGAAAGCGCAAAGAACCUUCGGAACCGGUAGAAAAACGGUCGACGAUCACAACAGUUUCGACGACGUACAAGAGGGAGCCUUACGAUAAACCAAUAGUUCCACCACGUCUCUCGAAGGAUCAGCAGGAGUUCGAUGAAGCUCUGGGUACUCUGACGAGGAGGAGGAAGUACACUCUCGACAAUAAUUCCUCGAGAUACAGCUCGAAUGUGACAGUGAACGGGGAUCCUGCCAAAAUCUACGAUGGAAAUCCGCAAGACACAACGACGUCUAUCAUGGGUGUUGAUCUCACACCGAAACCACCAGUCAGAAGGUUUGGACAGGUCAGCCCGAGGCCAACGGACAAGAUACCACCUUUAAAUUUCGAGGAGAAGCAUCCCAAGCAAAAUGGUGGUCUACAUGACAAAUCAGAAAGAACUCCGGUUCCACCAAUGCGAAGAUUCGGCAAUAGAUCGUCGCAGAGGUUGAACGGAACCACGUCGGACCUCGAGGAAGAUCUGGCCAAUCAAUCCGGCAACGUGAGCUUGAAGGAUGAGAAUGAAAACGUGCCUGAAGAUUACGUCUUCAAGAGAUUCAGCCAAGAUGCUGUGAGGAAAUCGAAUUUGUCUAUUAACAGUUGCGUAUCCGUUACCAGUACGGCGAGCACGUACGGACGUAAAAAACGAAGAGCACCGCAACCACCGAAACGGAAGGAGCCUUUGGAGACUCCUCUGGAAACUGACAGUCGACCAGAGACGAAUAAAACAGAGCUUAAACCAGAAGCGAGUAAACUCGAGCUUCAGAUAAUCGAGCCUAUUGAUAUCACGAAAGCCACGGAAAAUAUCGAUGAGAUGACAAAGAAGAGCUGUGAGGAAUUAAAUGAAAAAUCAACGCAAAAAGAAGAGAAGCAGGAUGAGUUACUAUUAAAAACUGCCGAAGAUACAUUAUCCGAUGAUAUUGCGAAAAGUACCGAGAAAAAUGAAUCGUGUGAAGUUUUGGAGGAUUGUGUGCCUGAAGUGAAUGAGAAAAAGGAUUCUUCAGAAGAAAGAUCAGCGUGUAACUCCGAUGAAACUUUGGAGGAAGUCGAACUGGAGAUGAAGGCAGAGGAAACGACGAAUACGGUUACCGAGGAUCCUAUCGAAAAAGAUCCUAUAAACAUAGAGUACAACAGAACGUCCCAAGAAAAAAUUGAGAUUAUCAAGGAUGUCGAUCCAGAAUCUGACGAAGUCUGUUUGAGAAAAAAAGAUUCAUCCGGAACGUUAACGCGAAGCGAUAGUUUUUCCGUAAAGGAGGAGAUUGAGAAGAUCGAAAAGCAAAUCAAAGCUCUGGAGAGUAGAAACAAAGCGUCCAAAGAACAAGAAAAUAUCGAUAAUGACACGUGUCACGAUCCGGAUCACGACCAGGUGACGAACACCCGAUUGUCCAUUCAGACGAAUCGGCGGCACUUCUUCGAGAAUAUGGUGGAUAGUCCAUCGGGUCCGAUUAAGUUAGAAUUUAAAAAGUUACCGUGCGAGCAGAAAGAUAUUCAUAUUGUCCGAUUAACAGAUCCACCAAUACCAGUCGCGGCACCACGGGACGCGGUAAAGGUGAUUGAGCUACACAUUUCCGAACCGAUCCGGCACAAAUCCGAACUCUUGGACGAGGUGAACCCCAUACCAAAGCCUAGGAGGCAUAGCGCGCUAAGUCUAAAAGAUAUUCCCGAGUCCAGGCUCUCAAAGAAUGGAAACAAGAGCCUGGAAAACAAUGGUAAGAGAGGAUCCUUUUGAAAUCUUGAAGUUUCGUCUGAUUUCAGAUUUACCAGUGAAAUCUUACCGCGAUUUUUAUGCGCAAAUGUCGCCUGUAAGUUCUUAACUUUGAUGCAACGAAAGAAUCUACUACUUCUAUACAAACGAGCUAUUACUCGAAGGCUGUAUAUUACGUGUCUUCGUUUCGACGUUUCCUUGUUUUGAUCAUUGACGAUUUCAUACUAACGAUGUCUUAUCUUUCUGCGAUAAAAUUCGCUACGGAAUUCUAGCAUUUCUUUUAUGCUACAUGAUUAUAGUGAUUUACCUUUACGUUUCCGACACAUUGCGAUAUGUUAUACUGUGAAAUAUUCUAAGUAUACUUUUCAUUAUUUA